UUUUAGGCAAUAAUUUUCGGCGAUGUCAGUGAAUGUGCCACAGAGUGCGGUUCCUCUGUGCAACCCUAACAAUUAUCAGUGGGAGGAAUCAGAAUGCAGGUUGGUACCAAGACAAGGUGUUAAACGGUCGGAGUUGAAACCAUGCGAGGCAGGCCUGAGGAUUUUGAGGUCUAUAAAGGGCCCUCUUUGUGUAGUGUGCGUUGUUGGUCCAGCACGAACAGGGAAAUCAUAUCUUCUCAGUCAACUGCAGGGCAGCAAUUUUCGACUUGGCCAUACAAUGAAAGCGGAAACAAUGGGUAUGUACUUGUACCAAUAUUUUGUUAUCAAAUUAAACAUUGACAUUCAGUUAAUUAAACAUAAACAGGGCUACUUUGGAAAUUCAUUUUGUAUUAGAACAGUCGAAUGGUCUAUACUUUCUGUUUCAAAGCUUUUACCUUUCUGUAUGUUUUCAAAAAUAAAUUUCAAAACGUAUAUUUAUUCAAACUACAUACAUAUAGCCUUCAGGGCUUUGUUUAGUAUCUUUUAGUACAAAAUAAGCAAUUCAUUAGUUUAUUGCGUUGUUGGAAAAGGGUCAAGUGUGAGUUGGGGUGAAAGUCAUGUUUGUUUCUCCUGUCAUGAAACCUGUUUUUCACUUCAACCGUACAGCACGUUACGAUACGAUACGCAGGGCCGUAGCGAAGAGGCUAAAAAAGGGGAAGUGUAGUAUCACAUUUGCCGAACCCGUAAUUGUUGGCGAGCGUGGGGGAGAGGCAAAAAUUUUUCAGACAUAUUAUUUUUAACUUAGUUUCGAAUUGGUGCACCUUGAUUUCUUAAAUUUUCGGCAUAUUUUGGUAAUUUUAUCAUUUUUUUUGCCAUAACUAUUACCGUUAAUGGGUGAUUCCAGCAAUAGACAAAAUCUUGAUCUAGGGAAGCAGAACAAAAUCCAUCACCACAGCUACAAAGACAAUGUUAAAAUUAGUAAAAUUGCAAAGUUUGGUUGCGAAAUGUUCGGUUAAAAUGAGGAAAAUAUAGCCCUACGAAAUUUCUAAAUUUUGUAUCAAUUUGUAUUACUCUUAUUACGCACACGGGAAUUUGCACCACUUUCGGCCCAAAUGUGAUGCAUUUUCCCGCACGUAAUACAAAUUAAUACAAAAUUUGCAAAUUUUGCAGAGUUAUGUUUUCCGCAUUUUACAACAUUUCGUGGCCAAACUGUGCAAUUUUACUAGGAUUUUCACAUUUUGUUCUUCUUGCCUAGAUCACAAUUUAGUCUAUAGCUGGAAUUGCCCAUUCCAGCCACUCAAAUAUUCCCGAUGUCUACGAAAACAAUUUAAUUCGCCAAAAAUCCGUUAUUUUGCCGACAACAUGUUUUCAGAGGGUGAGGGGUGUCACACGCCACACUACACCCCCCCCCCCCUUCCCCCCAUAGCGACGACCCUGACGAUACGGCUGAAGUGGAAAACGGCCUUAAUUAAUAGCGUACUGUGUGAUCUUAUUGUUGUUCAGUUUGUUAUGUAAAGUUGACUUUGUAGUUUUGUAAAUUAUGUAAAUUGUGACAAACCAAUUAAAAACUAAACAAAACAACUUCAACUAAAAAUAGGUACGUAUAGCGUACAAGCGUCUACUGGGAUUUUGUUUUGAGGACAGAGUCGUAGAGAUAUGUUGAAUGUGGAUGAAAAGCAUGAAAUGCCCGUUUUAUCGAAAUGCAUAGGCAAUUGCAGAUUGCGACUGGUUUAACAUGUUCGUUGAUAAUCAGAAUCAAAAUUUGCCAUUUGAAAUUGCUAGCAGAACUUUCGUAAUUUUAAUUUGUAUUUAAAAGUGACUUCCUAAAAUAAUAACAUCCAUAACUAUUCUAUGCUCUUAUGCUCUUCAGACCAAAUAACCAUGCCGUCAAUAUCAUAAAUAUUAAAUGAUUCUACGGUGUCAAUCCAGGAAUAUUGUACAGUACAUCCCUGUAUUCCUUUGUAUUCCCAUUAAAAAUGUCAUAUACAAUUACAGUGCAUGUUUUAUACAUUAAUAACUUAUAUUACAUGGCUGUGUUAUUGUCCUUUGCAUGGCGUAACCAUUUAUCAGGAAUGGAAUGAUUUAUCAAUUUUGCAACUGUGCCUAAAAUAUCAUGUAUUAAAAUUGUUGAAAACUAAUAUGGUUUGUAUUUGCAGGGAUUUGGAUUGGUCGAACGCCAAUUCAGUAUCGGUUGCGUUCUGGUGAAGUCAUCACAGUUGUAUUUCUUGACUCCGAGGGAAUAGGGUCAACGGACAGUGUAGAUGCAACUGAUUCUACAGACAACCAGAUAUUCACUCUGAGUGUGUUGAUAAGCUCGCUUCUGAUCUAUAACAGUAAGAAUGUCCCGAAAAACAGCGACCUGGAAAAGUUACAGUAAGUUCUUUAAUUUGCAGGGAGAAAACUGGAAAACUUUAAAAAAUAAAACAUGCAGUACUGUGCGUUCUUGCCUUUAAUCUGAAAACUUAACUGAAGCUAAGAACACGCCCUUCAGCUGGAAGCGAUUUGAUGCGUCUGUGGCUGCAAAGUUUCUGCAUUUGACAAAUAAGUCAAAUAAGUCACAAUAUACAGUAAUUACAUUGAGGCGAUGUACUGUGCCUGUUCCUUACAACGAAAUAUUUCUGGAUGUAUAAAGUGGUGCGUCGGAUACCGUAAACCUCCGACUAUAAGCCCCCCUCCAAUAUAAGCCCCCCCCCCCGAAUAUAAGCCCACCACAUAUACUAACGCUUACCUCAUUCCAAAUAUAAGCCCCCCACCCCCCCGAAUAUAAGCCCAGCCGAAUAUAAGCCCCCCAAAUAUAAGUCCCCCGAAUAUAAGCCCAGUAGCCCACUACGUUAUUCAACAUUGACAUUGUCUUUCAAUAUAGCAAAAAACGAUAUUUAAAAACAUUGUCAUUGUCUUUAUAGCCGACUAUGUGAAUCAAAGCGCGUUAUUAGUACAUGUUUAUUUUCCUGUUUAUGACUGACUUGUUUAUUACUAACACAAAAAAUCGUCCAUGUAUUAGCCGCUUACGAAAGUAUAUAAGCCCAGGGCUUAUAGUCGGAGGUUUACGGUAUUGUAUUUGCCGAUAAAAAGAUUACACAGCAACGAAAAACAUGCAGGCUUAGCUAUGCAAUGUUAUAUACAUUUAACUUAUUCGAUUUGUACCACCAAACAAAUUCUUACUACUCACACGAGUAAUAAUAGCAUUCCCAUAAUCAUAGGGACAUAAUCAAGGGCCACAAUGUAAACUGCUGGGAAAUCAGUAAUUUGUGCAACCCAAAUAAAGUAUUUAAGUGUUCAAGUGUUAAGGCAUAUGCGAACUGCAAAGUAAUAAGUCUCGAUUCUCUUUUUAUAUUAAUAGCACAUUAGGUCAAAAACUAUUAAUUUAUUCAUUUUAUUGGUGUUAAAAAUAUAUUGAGAAGAAGAAAACUGUUCAUAAUUGUUAAACGUACAGUUUCUUGUUCAUUCCAGUUAUAUUUCCAAACUGUCAGACAGUAUCCGUAUCAAAAAACAUGCCGAAAAUACUGCAGAAGAUGUGGAACAGUUUAAGAAGUGCUCGCCCGAAUUUUUCUGGGUAAUUCGUGACCGUACGUUAAAAAUAACCGACAUCGAUGAUCAACCUUGUGAUAUAAAUACAUAUCUGAGUCAAAAGGUAUUGUAUGGAUCUGUAUAGAUGCAUAAGCAACUUUAUAGCAGUUGGCACACUGAAGAGGUUGCCCACUGUUUUACUUCUUACAGGUGAACUACGUCAAGCGUUCCUCUUUUGAGUUUCUAACUUGCUUGCGAUUCCCCUCAUUACGUUUGCAAACAGGGUCAUACGCAGAAUUUUUUCAACAGGGGGGCAGUAAGGCCAAUAUUCCAAAAAAGGGUUUCAAAUAUCCAAAGAAUAAUUAAUUAUGUCAUUCUAAAAAUCGUAAAUAUAGUUUUCUCUAGGGGGCAGUUGCCCCCUGCCCCCCCCCCCCUCUCCUGCUGUGUACGGCCCUGUUUGCAAAUUUGAAAAACUCGCUUAUCAGCUGUUGCAGUAUUCCAAUGCAGAGAAACUUCCUUUCAAAUUUUUCUAAUUUUCUGUUUUAAUUUCCUGACUUCCUGUCCUGUUAUGAGCAUUGUCAUUGGUGUUAUUUGCAUUGGAGUUUACAUUUACAUUGGAGUUUUUCAAAUUUGCAAAGAUAAUGAGGAAAAUUGCAAUCAAGUUAGGAACUCAACAGAGGAACACUUCACAUAGUUUAUCUGUAAACUCAUGCUGUUUUACAAUUGGGAAGAUUGACUUCGAAAAGAGCAAUAGAUAUUUUUGUUGCGAUUUUUUAGAUAAACUGUCCCUGUAUGUUAAGCAUGAUUGAUGGUACUGCUUAUUGAACUAUUCUUUAAACUUCGCAGUAAACUAGUUCAAACUAAACUAGUUCACUCAUCGCAAAAGCCCACAACUCGCAAGACCGCUGCGAGUGUGUGUAUCUAAUUAUAAUAAACUUUCGAGCAUUGUGAUUGGAUGAAUGGAAUCUUUUCCACGAGUACAGUAACCAAUAAAGAUAUUUCCUUUUGUCUAAAAAUAGAAGAAGGAAAUCAAAAUGAAUUACAAAGUAAUACAGUACAAUAUAAUAUUUUCUUCCCAGGGCCUUUUUUAAGGAUUUUCCCGUGGGGGGGGGGGGCAUUUUUGAAAAGGGACCUUUCUGUGAGGUAAUAUAUUAGAGGGGGAUAGCAAUGGCUGAAGGCCACAUGUGUGGCCAAUAUACCACGCAUGAAUGGGGGGGGUCUGGGGGUGUACUCCCCCAGAAAAUUUUUGAAAUUUGAAUCUCAGAAAUGUCAUUUCCUGCAUUCUGAGCAUCCAAAGUUGCUCCAAAAUUAUUGCUAACUAUACUUGUAUUUGAAAUAAAUAAAUGAAAAAACGCACAAAAAGUUUUAAAAAAUUAACCAUCGUUUAUCAUUACUUAUUAGAGGAGGAUAGCAAUGGUCAUGUGUGUGGGGGUGUACUCCGGCAGAAAAUUUUUGAAAUUUGAAGCACGGAAAUGCCAUUUCCUGCAUUCUGAGCAUCCAAAUUUGCUCUAAAAUUUAUGCUAACUAUACUUGUAUUUGAAAUAAAAGAAGGGAAAAUGCACAAAAAGUAAAAAAGAAUAUUAACCGUAAUUUAUCAUUACUGAUUAGAGGGAUAAUUCCCAGAAAAUGUUUGUAAUUUGAAACCCGGAAAUGCUAUUUCCUGCAUUCUGAGCAUCCAAAAAAUAAAAAAUUAUUAACAAUAAUUUAUCAUUACUUGGUGGUAGCAAAACGUAACAAUGUUAAAAAGGCCCUGUUUCUUCCUUUUGUUCAGGUCUUGAAGGAGGAAAGUACAUUAUCUAAAACCACAGAAAGGAAAAACGAAAUAAGACGAAAUAUCAAAUCGUUCUUCAAAUCAGUCGAUGCAUUUACGUUGCCAAUACCGUCAGACAAGGAAGAUGUUUUAGCGCAAAUGGACAAACCAGAAUUUAGGAAAUACCUAAAUCAAGAGUUUUUAGAUCAGAUGGAAACGUUGAAACAUUCAAUAGAAGAAAAAUAUCAUCCCAAGAAAGGACUUAAUGAUUCAAUAAUAACUGGAACCCGUAAGUUGUAUGGCUACAAAACUACGUUCGAAUUAAUACAACGAAAAAAUCGUUGUCUCGACCACAUCCUGCGUUAAAAAUUCAAUCUGCAAACGUAAACCAGAUGUACUUCGUGCAAUACAAAUUAUAAAGGUUUUUGUGUAGAUUAAUCAAGUGAGAAUAUAAGAAUUGCAUUUUAAAGCAAUUUUAUGGAUUGUUUUUCAGUAAAAGACCUUUUCGGGAGACCUAUGACGUAACUUAACGAACGUUCACUCCAAUAAGAAAAUCCAAUUAUCAAACGUAAAAACCGAAAUGAGGAACUUUUUAUGGCGCUCGUGUUAAAGUUGUGUUCUUUCAAGAUUAAUACGUGUAAAAUGUAUUCAAAGAUUUAUAUACUCAAGGCCACGGGUUUUUAAGCACUCAUUCCAAUCAUUUAUUACAAGCAGUGCUUUUUAAUUUGUGCUUUAAACAACACGAAAUAGCUAGUGUCAAGUUUGAGGCAGCACCUUCCUUGCGUUAGCCUGCGAACAGGCUCUCAAGGUGAAUUGAGUGCCUGCACUGAUGAUAUACAAUUUUGAAUAUCUGCCCCGUAACGUUCGUUUUUCCAAAUAUGGAAUGUCUAUCCUUAUAUGGUGUUGUUUACAACUUUCGUGCAAACUAAAUUUAGACCGUACAGUUUAUACUGUUUAUCGAAAUAUAAGAUAUUCAAGCAAAAGUUUAAAUGUUUUAAAUACUGUUUUCUCAAAACAGAACAUUUCAUGCUUUGAGAUAAAAUAGCCAAGACCAAUUUGAUCAGUUAAUCUGUUUUUUAUGCAUAGUGCUUCAGCAGUUGACAUAUAUAGAGCUCAGCGGAAACAUACAAAAUUAUAGCAUCUGACCAAUGAGAACUUCGCGUCACGAUUUGAGACGCAGAUAUUCAAGUUCAUUAGUCAUCGAUGCAGGCUCUUAAUUCACCUUGAGAGCCUGUUCGCAGGCUCUCUUUGCGUUAGUAAUUCCUAUAGGUUUAGAAUACGUAAUGUGACAUCAAACAAUUUUUUUAGAUUCAACCUAGUGAGACAAGACAUUCACUAAUUUACCAUCAGCAAUGUUUGUUUACCUUAUUAAUUCAGUAUACCGCAAGAAAAUUUCUUUGUAUUAUUAGAGUUAGCUGAUAUGGUGCAGAGUUACCUAGACGCUCUCAACACCAAAGGUUUUGUACCUGACUGGCAAUCAGCUUGGGAUGUGACAGUUAAGAUAGCAUACCAAAGAGCGAGUAUGUACUUUUUAAUUUUAAAUAUAAAAUACAGCAUGCAGCAUUGAAUUUAAUUAUCAAUUCAUAAAAGUCAAAGGGAAAAUUAAAAGCCAAAAAAAUAAAUGAAGUCCCUUUUCACUUUUCCCGCAUCGGCAUAUUGUCUUUUGUUUUCGAAAUAUUUAGAACAGAAACAACGUGCAGGCCGUGUUGGUUCUUUGGUCAGUAUGCAUACAUGAUUCAGUAUGCUGGUUCAGUAUGCUAUUUGGUCAGUAUGCUGGGUUCCCUUAAUCAGCAUAAAAGGCACUUUUUAUUGGCUCCCAACAUGUUAAAAAUGCUUUCCAUGAAAAUGCAGCCAACACGGUAGAUAAUUUUAACAGGUUUACCCCAAUUCUAACGUCACCCAUACCAGAGUUAAUUAUAGGUAUGUGACAGACUACACAAUGUGUUUCUGCCCCUGGUCAAAAUGUCUCUAAAAUCAACCAGAGGCACAGCCACAAUCGUGGACAUAACUGGUUGAAAUAACGGGUUUUGUCCAAUAUUGCAGCCCCGAAACGUGUGUGUGUGGGAGGCGGAGGGGCGGGAGAGGUAUAAUCGUGUAAUGCACAGAACGACUAUGGGGUCAGGAGUUUCUAUUUAUAGGGUCUGCGAAACGCUAUUUUAUGCAUUUUAGACAUGUUUUAUGAUCAUCUGAAAUUGUCCCUGAAGAAAAUGGUUGAGGGGCGGGUCCCUCAUUCCCCUGUGGCUACGCCCUGUCUAAAACCAAGCAAAUGUAAAUUAAAGAAUUAUAAAGGUCUUUAUGAGACUUAUUUUUCGUUGCCAUUUAAUUCUUUAAAAUCUAAUCAACGCAUGCUUCGACCUCCAGUCCCCGUAACUCCGUAAGUGCAUUAUUCAUUUCCUAAAAGCUCAUUCAUGUGAGGUUUGGUUCUCUCUUUCUGAUGUCUCAAAACACAGUGAUUCUUCUGCAUGUAGGUAAAGGAGAUUUGGUUACCUUUAUAUUUAUAUUUAUAGUGUCUAAUUUAGAACGAGAAAAUUAUUUGGUAUUUUAAUUUUGUUCAUGCAUGUUUCUCAGAUAAAUUAGUUGAAAAUAAUAUAGAAUAUAUAUAACCACUAAAAGUCCAAGCUUUAUGACAACGCAGGUAUCUCCAAAUGCUAAAAAUGAUAAAUCUGCUUCAUACAAUUAUUAUACAAUAAAGUCUAAUCUCCUCUCCUCUCCCGUGGCUAUAAAAAGUAUAUAUAACGGUUUUUCGAACACCAUACAUGAGUAUACACUUUAUAUAUAAUGCCAUUUUUAUAAUUUAGGUGAAACAGCGUUUGCGAUCUAUGAGUCAGUGAUGUCAGAACUAACCUCAUAUUUUCCCUGUGAUGAGGAAAAAAUAAUAAUACAGCAUCAAGAAAUUAUGGAAUACGCUAUUAAGCAAUUCAGGGAUGAAACUCUGAUGGACCCGGAUGUUGAGCAGUUUCAAACUCAUCUUAAAGAAUUCACCGUAAGCAUAUAUACGUCGUAAACAUAAACAGCUCAAUGUGGAUUAAGCAUACCCUGAUGGCUAUGUGGAUGAGACAAACUCAAGAGAGAGUCCGGGACCAUACUUCUAUAGAAAACUUUGGAAACAAAAGUUUCUGGAAUAGUAUUUCUUGCAUUCUUAGGGAGAUUAAAUAUGCAGAAACUAUAAUUUCGUUUGCAUUUGAGGCAAAUGAAUAUAAAGUUUGAAACGCAAGAAUCUAAAUUUUCAUGUUUUAAGCAAUUACUCAUGCAAACCGAAAUGAUUUUAACUGAGGAAAUCGAGGAAACGUUUAAUUAUGUAAAUCUACCCCAUUAAACAUGAUUUCAUUUUAUUUACUUUCAUGUAUUAUCAUCAAUGAUUUUACAAUUUUUCAUUUGUACCCUAUAAUUGUUAACACGGUGUAACAUUUCUUGCAGAAACGUUGUUCGUCUUUUUCCGAUGGUGGCGAAUGCAAUGGUGGUUUUUUACACUCUUUACUGAAGACAAACUGGCAGAUUUCUGCGACAUUUUGUGAUGAUAACCUACAAGUACUUGUUAAACAGCACCUGGAGCCUGUUCUUCAAAACAUAGACCACGAAACAUCCUAUGAAUAUGUGUUGUCUGUUAUUGGAGAUGUUGAAAGCCAGUACUGGGAUUGCGCUCUCGGUCCUGCUGCUGGAGAGGUUUAUCAGAAAUAUCUUAUGGUACUGUAAGCACUAUGUUCUGUAUAGUUUAUUUGACACAUAAUGCUGUACUUGAUUUGCCAAGACUGCCGGCAAAUGAUACAAACAUAACAUUGGCAUUUACAGCAAACCGCUCAGUAACCGCAAACGGCAAAUCGUCAUGCAGUCUCUUAGCAUGAUUAGCUAACUCAUUUUUAAAGUUUUCAGUGAUGCCGCCAUCUUGGAUGUUGUAAUAAAUGCCUAACUUACGCUCGUGGCAGGUUUUCAAGAUGGCCGCCAAACGAUCAUUAAGUUAUUUGUAAGUUGUCCUAACAUCUAAUGGCUAACUGUCGAUCUAAAAAUAAAUUUUGUCAGCCUCUUAGCAUGAUUGCCUAACUCAUUUUUGGGCCAAAAUGCGUUUUUUGCCUAGGUCAUUCUGUAAUGGCAGUUAUUAAGGUUUAGUAUUGUUGCAAGUGGCUGGUUGUUGAUUCUUUUACAUUUUAAGGUGGCUCGAUACAGUUUUCGAAAAUUCAGGUGUUUAACACUUUGACAUGUUCAAACUACGUAUUUUUAGGAUUUAUUCAACAGAUAUUGUUUUUUUUUAUAUAUUUUGAUAACUUUACUUUCAAAUUAUAUUAGUUUUAGUAACAGAUAGUUCGUUGCUAUGACGACAUACGUGUACGAAAUUCACUCCAAAAUGGCCUAUCGUCUCGUAUAGUUGGAAAAAAAGCAUGGUGACCCCCAAUUUUUUUUCGUGCAUUAUUUUACUUGGACGAAAAGCUAACAAUUAGCAAAAUAUAAAAAAAUUCUGUAAUGCCAUUUUUUUGGAAAAUGCGAAAAUGUCAUAUUCUUCAAUAACAUUUUUUUGGCAUUACAGAAUUUUUUUAUUUUUUGUAUAAUGAAAGUUUUUAGCGGUGCAAUAGAGCAUGCAAAAUUUGAACAUAGGUCACCAGACAAAAUAAAGAGAUAUAGCGCAUUGUUUUUCUAAAAUGGAAAAUUCUAAUGACGUCAGCAAUUGUCAUAAAACGCUAUAGAACACACGCAAUGGCGUGAUAUGGCGCAAGCAACUGCUCACGUCAGGUCAUUUUGGAAGUUCUUUCAUUUUGUUAAUCAGUUUCCGCGACCCGCGCGUAAAAAUGGUUACCUGGUUUUGAGUUCGCGAUUCUUGAGCAGGGUUUUUGUGAUAACUAUAUCGAGCCACCUUAAGGCCCGUUUACAUUUACAUUUUUUGCUGCGAGUUAAUAAUCCAGUGCAACUUUCUUAAUUUUCGAAUGUAUGUGAACGAGUGGUGAAUUAUGAAUGUUCUGAAUACAUGUUCCCUCAUCGGGUAUGAAACAUUGAAAGUGUAUAAACGAGCUUUUAAAAUUGCCGUUCUUGGUUAGCAGUUUUCUGUAAACAUCAGCCCUCAGGUUAAGGUCUCUCGUUCUUGUAAGUUAUGUAAGUUACUUGUGGUUUUCUUGCUGCUGCUGCUGUUGCUGUUAAGUUUAAUGUGGUCAGUUGUUGUAGUUGUCGUUGUUGUUUUGAUAAUUGUAGUUUUGGUUGUGCAGAUUAUUAUCUACCAGAAAACUACAGAACUGUCAGUUUUGAUUUUGCAAUGUGCAUGGCUUUUAUAGGGUCUGGAAGAAAGGAAGAAACAAGCAAUGAGGACUAUUUCCCAACUUGAAGAUUAUCACAAUGAAAUAGAAAACCAACGGAUACAAAAAGCUUUAUUCGAAGCUGCAUGUCAGGAAUCCGAGGUAGUGUAUUGCUUUUCCCUGCAUCUACAUUAUUUUCUGAUUUAGCUACUGUUGGGUUCUUGCUUUUCUUAGUGCAUAUUUCUAUAUUAUUUUUUGUUAAUCGUGAGCGGACAGAAUGCUAGCCUUUCAUCUCCAAUAGCAACAGGAGAAUUAUUACGAUCGAUAUCAUUUGGACAUGGUCCGGAAUCCUGUGCCUGGGGACUGUUAAAACUUUUAUAAUUUAAUUACCGCAAAUAUUUUCAAUUGUUUCCUGUCUCGAUCUUUUAACUGCUAACUAUAUAGCCUGAAUAAAUUUUGUCACUCCUCAUGUCAUAGUUUAAAUGGAGCUCAGUUAAAUUCACCGUAGUUUUGGAAACAAAAUGUUCAACUGUGUACAAGGGCAAGAAAUCAUUGUCAAGCGACAAGCAUAUGGAAUUUCAACUUUUCCACAACGUAAACUCAAAACCGGCCCUCUUCAGCUUGAAACGGCUGUUUGCAACACGUUUUUAUCAGUAAACCUGCAUGAAAACAAAGAUUGAAUAACAUAAUUAAAAGUAGAAUUUAAAUAGAAAAUUUAUGUUUUUUAUGCUUUUAAUCUAUGUUUUUUGAUUACACAACUAUCAUAUAUAGACACAUUCGUAUAAACCCUAACCAUGCAGAUUUUGUUAUUAAUAUCCAGAAUUUAGUAAUAUUUCCGUUAGACAUUUUUUAUACUAAGAUCCCAGGUAGUGACUAUUGUCUUCUCAAGCUUUUUUCUUCAGAUUUUCACAAUGUAUAAGAGCUGAUAAGUACAGCAGUGUGUUUAAAUUUUCCACCAGGCGGAGAAUGAGCGACUUUUAAGACAACGAGAAGCACGCGGACAGCAACACAUGGCAGAGGUAAGAAUUAUAGAAGAAAGUUACGCUACCUUCGCGGCUAAGAGGCAGGAAACAUAAUUACAAAACGUACAGUAGCAAAAAUGGAACAUGCAAUAAGGGACCGGUCAUAAAGCAACUGCUAGGGUGGGCUGGAGUGAUUUGGGAUGGGCCAUGGAAAAUCUUUGGGCAGUUUCGAUGGGCCGCCAAUUUUUUUGUAUGCCCACGGUUGGGCCACCAAACAAAAACCCAUGCAUGUCUACUUCAAAAAAUAAAGAUAAUAAUAAAAGUAAAAAAACUGUCCAAAUUAUCAAAUGCAAAUUAUGCUAUUGAAGACAGUACUUUGUUUAUACAAGAACAAAUACAACCAACUGCAAGGCAUUUUUUAACUAUAUAACUACUGGGACAUUUACUCCAGUAUACGCCCUUAGUGAAGCAAUAUUUUCAGAUGAGCUGGACCCUUUUGAUCAUCAGUAAAACGUCAUCCCUGUUGAAAAAGCUGCAUGCAUCUGCCUGCUUUCUCAUAUUCUCUCAUUCUCGAUAUUCCAUGAUCUUAUAAACGUCAGCACAGCAUGGUCUUUAUGUAUGCGUAACUGUGUGGGGAAAAGGCCCUCAUUGAGACUUAGCCCCAGUAGUUGUAAUUUCUUAAAAAAUGCCCUGACCAACUGGAGAGCAGCUCAGUAUUGUAAUUGGUGAUCAAUGUGUUGGUCAAGCUUGGUAGAAUUAUGUAGGUGGGUGGGUCAUGAAAAUAUUUUUGUAAGAUUAGAUGGGCUUUGAAAUUUUUAUCUACAUCCUAAGAUGGGUCACCGAACUUAUUGACAAAAUUUGUGAUUUACCUCCAGCCCACCCUAGCAGUUACUUUAUGACCAGUCCCUAAAACAUAGUAUAAAAGACAUUUUCAACUACAUGUAAUGUCGAAGGAUUAAAGACAUUUUAAUUGGGUAACUGUGCGAAUUUGUAUGCAAAGUAUUUUAAUCGCGCGCGUUUUCACUGUUUUCCUCGUAGAUACUGAAAUUUUUGCAUUUUCAUGCACGCCAAUUGAACAGCAUAAUUUCUUUCAUCAAUAGGGAAACCUAGGACGAACUAUUUCCGCACUUUUAAAUUUAAUUAACCUGCUAUAUACACUUAAGUUUUCGUGGAUGUGAAUGGCAAUUAUAUUUUUCACAUUCAACCCUAUUUUUAUAGAUUGAAGCCAUACAAAAAGCCAACGAAAACAAAAUUAACCAGAUACGUCAAGAAAGGGAACAGGCUGACAAGCAACAGCGUGCUGAAUUAAGGAACCAACAUUCGGCAAAUAUCGAAGGAUUGCGCAAUGAACAGCGAAGGAUGGAGGAACAGAGAAACAGGGAAAUAGAACAACUACGUCGAGAACAAGCUGGUCUAAAUCAACAACUUACGGUUGCAAGACAAAAUGUUCAGGAAUUACAGAACAGGCCACGUAAGUACAUUAAGGCCGGCGUGCCUAGGACGGAAACACGACAAAAACGCGAUGAAAUCACCCCUCUAUGCGGGCAAUACUAUAAUAACUUACUGACCGAGAGUGAGGGCAGUACGGGAAAAUAUCCAACCGAGGUCACUUCAAGCGUGUCAUACCAAAAAUGAUUCGUGUAAACAAGGCCUAGAGUAAACAGUUUCGAUUAAUUUUUGUCUCUCCAUAUAUCAUUUUAAUACAGCAAGACCGAGUGCUUGGAUAUUCACCAAAACGCGAAGCGUUGAGGCGAAUAUCCUUAUACUAUUCACCGACACUGAGAAUAUACCACUACAAAACAAACGACCAAAAAACAAGGAUAAUAUUUUCGAAAAAAAUUCUAUUAUACAGCUCCCAUAAUAGUUGUACUGAUAAACAAAACCGUUAUUUAUCUAAAGCUUCCCGUCAUUUUAUUCGUGAGAAAUUACUUUAAAGAAUACCUAUGCACAUUGUUAAACAAAACUUUGUGGCUUUCUUCGUGUUUGGCGAAAUCGCAGCUACGUUUAGUGCAAAAAGUCGCUCGUCUAUAAAUUGAACGGAACGGGAAACCAUUUUGCCCGGAAGUGAAUAGUGCAAGGAUAUCCGGAGCUGAGCAACCCGGCAAUCAAAUUGCGCGAAAAGAGCCAUCCCAAAUCAUCGGGCGAGGCAAUCUCGUACCCACAGCAAUGCCUGUGCGCGGGUUAGGAUGGCAUUGGCUCUGGGGAAAUUGACAACCGGAACCCCUAAAUUUAGGGGUUCCGGUUCUUUGUCGGCAUGCACGAUUGAUAAACGUUAAACCAAUCACAGCACAGGAAAAGUCAAUUUCCCUAGAGCCAAUGCCAUCCUAGCCCGUGCAUAGGCAUUGCUCUGGGUACGAGAUUGCGGGAGAUGUGAUUAGAAGGAUUAUAAUUGAUUUUUAUUUAGUUUUAUUUAUCCUUUAGCUAAAGUUAUUCAUAAGAAGAAAGGCGGAUGUUCCUUGAUGUGAGAUGAAGAUAAUUCAUGGAAAAUUAUCGCUGGCGAUGACCGUACAUGUAUCAGUCAUGGAAUAUAAAAUUGCACUUAAUAUUUAAUUAAUCGAUACCGAAUUCUACGGUGAUUAUUGGUGAAUAUCCAGCAUGAGCUCCACCUUUGAAUUUACUAUAUGAGUAAAUACUUAAACACGUCCGAAUUUAUCAUAAGAAAUAAAUUCGCGGCACCUAACACUAACCCUAACCACUAACCACUAACCCCUAACCCUAACUUUUUAAACUUUGAAAAUCUAACUUUUUAAACUUUUUUUGCUUUUUAAAACUCUUUUAAAACUUUUUUAAAAACUAUUUUUUUGAAAAUCUUGAAAAUCUCACCAACCUCCCUUUACAUUUAUUAGGGAUGGACCGAUAUCGAUACCAAAUACUCGAUACUAUCGAUACCAGGGUUUUGAAGAAAAGUAUCGAUACUGGCAAGAAAUAUCGAGGUUUCGAUAUUUCUGCGCCCGCGAUAUUUUUCAUUUUGGUCAGCGGCAUCAUGAAAAUGAUACCAAAAAGCCUAAAUAGGCGUAAAUAGUUCAUGUUCGUUUCUGGUUAUGUUGGUUGCAAUCACUGAUAUAUAUUAUUCAAUGUUUAUAUUGUUAGCGUUGUGGCCGUUGUUAAUGAUUUCAAGUUGGGAAAAUAUCGAUAUCGAAAAAACCCGGCAAAUAUCGAGCAAAUAUCGUAUCGAAUGAAAAAGCUGGUAUCGCCCAUCCCUAACAUUUAUAACAAGAAUAGUGCCAUUACAUUUAUAACAAGAAUUCUUGUCUAAUGCUUGUGGUUUUAUGAUUAACUCCAUUGAUAAAUUCAAAAUGUGCCGCGAAUUUAUCAUAAUGAUAAAUUCGGACGUGUUUAAGAAUUUACUCAUAUAGUAACUUCAGUUACUAUAUGAGUAAAUUACUCAAGUUACUCAUAUAGUAACUUGGAGCUCAUGUUGUUAGCUCCAAGUUACUCAUAUAGUAACUUGGAGCUUAUGUUGUGAAUAUCACUGGUGUGUAUUUACCAUGUCGCGAUGUCUAAUUAGUGAGUUAUUUGAAAGGUCCUUAAUUAAUUAAAAAUUAAAUUCAGAAAAUUUAUUUAGCUGUUUUUCAUUUAUCUGUUUACUGCCGUAUUCAUGUACAAUUUUUUCGGAAUAACAUUAUACGAAGAAUGGCAUUGGCAAUUUAUUCACCGCUCAUCUUCUUUCAAAGUUGUCUCGAGCAUUUUGUAUUUUUGUGUUGUGACGUCACAGGUUGUGCUUAAGAUUGGCAGCAAAGAGAAAAAUGUCGGAUAUCUCAGAACUGUGAUUCAACGAAAUUUGAUACAGUUGAUAAGUGCACCAAAGAAACAUUUUGGGAUGCUUAUUUUGUUGUCAUAGCAACACGCUUGUUACCAUGCAGGUCUCUCUCUCUCUUCAUAUUUUAUUUAACUUUGGAACGGAAUAGUUUAUAUUCACAUUUUAGAACGAUAAUAAUAAAUGUAAAUCACAAAAAUGCCUUUCUAUUUUGUUCGAAGCAAAGAAUUAGGCAAAUAGGAAAGAGGAACCUGGUGAACAGUGUGUUGCUAUGGCAACCAAGUAAUCAUUCCAAAAGUUUUAUUAGCUGCACAAAUUUCGUUGAAUCCCUUCUAAGAUGCUAGGCUUUCUUCUAGAUCUAGCACAAAUAAAAAUAUGAAAUGCCCUAUAAUUUGAGAUCAAGAUGAACUGUGAUAAAAAUUUCAUAUAAAAUAAUUUUUCAUGAUUUGGUGUGCUCAAUAUAAUCGAGUUAUUGAAAGUUUGGAAGUUUGGAGACCACUCAUGCGAGCUCUACAUUUUGUCUCGACUAGCGCUUUUAGCAACAAUUGCGCUUUUUGUGCUCUCCCAACUUUCCGCGUGCUCAACAACUCAAUUGAGUACGCCAAAUCACGAAUAAUUUCAUAAUUAUAUAGAGUGCUGUAUCAUAAUGUAAGCAAAAUUUCUCGUGCAUAACUUAUAGAAUGUUGGCGGACUGACUAGAGAUGCUGAAUAUUUAAACAGUACUAAAAGCAAUAUAGUGACUCGCAUUUUUGUAACUAAUAUGUUUCAAUAGCCGAGAAUGUUUUAAUUUCUUCCUUUGCAAUGCAAUAAAGUUUAUGCCCAACAUUUUCUCCUAUGUAUCACUCUCAGAUCGUGUUCGGUAACUAAACAGCCAAAAUAAAUAUAUAAAGACGAAGCCUUCAUGCAUAAUUAAGAAGAUAUAUUGCAAGGGAUAUGUGGCAGUACAUAAAAAUUAAGUUUGUCUCAUGUGAUAGGACUUUCAAAAAUAUAGUUAGUUCAUGAAAUAUUUUGACUGAGAACAAUGACUUUACCGC